AUGUUAUUGAUUUGGAGUGUACUGAUCCCGAUUGUAUGUUUAUGGACGGUUGGCAUAAUUUUCAUGUGGUCAUUUGAUAGUAACGAUUCGAUUAAUACCUAUUCACUGUUUGACUCGGUUUGCAAGAAUGUUUACUUUAAACAAUGUACACAGUCAAGAAGUUCAUGGCUUAAAUGCAUCGGAGAUAUAAACAGACCGAACAGACAACACAGACGGAACCACACAGAUCUAACGUCAAAAUGGCCACCGUCUUCUAUAGCUGAGUUGUUUGAUGAUGCGUUGCCAAUAAUCAAUCUUGCUUUACGUGUUCCAGUUGCUAAGAAUGCUGAGAAUCCUUUCGAUAGCCCAUACUAUCGAAAAUAUCUACGCCUCACCACAAGAAAUGAGGACAACAUAAUGAGAUCUCCGGGUCUCUGGUCAUCCGGAUACAAUUUAUUUCCUCAAACAUUAGAUUUUGACAAAGUGAUAUACGAUUCUGAAAAGGGUUUUCCAUCAACCACAUUGCCAAUAAACAAUCCGGACAUAUUAGUAUUACGACUGCCAAAAAGUAUUUGCAACCCAUGUGGGAGAGAACGUGUUCCUGACUUAAUUGUUGUGAUCAAAUCCUGUAGCUACUGUUCGAAUGAACGGGACCAUGCACGAAAUACAUUUAUGCAGAAGCACUUAUGGUCGAAUAUCACUGUCCAAUUCGUCUUUGUUGUGGGUAUACCCUAUCCAAAUGAAUCAAACAUGUUCACAUUUGAUUCAUAUUCUCAACGUUGGCCACCAUCUUCUGUUACAUACCUAAUUGAUGAACGCUUACAUAGUUUCAAUCUCGCAUUACAUUUUUCACUUGCGCAUAAUGCAACAGAUUCUAAGGAUGAAGACCUUUACAAUAAAUUUGCAGAUAUGGUAUCUAACAGCUACAAACAAGAGGAAUUAUUAACUGGUAUGGAACCAGAAUACAUGGGAUCGAAUUCAACUGACUACUCUAUAUUUCCACAAAAUUUGAACUUUUCAAAGCUGAUCUAUGAUAUACAAAAUGCAAUUCCAAUUCACACGAAACCUAUCAAUAAUCCAGAAAUGUUUGCACUUCGGGUUCCUAAAUCUGUCUGCAGAUCAUACAACAAUGAGUUAAUUCCAAAUCUGAUAGUAAUAAUUAAAUCGUCAGUGUAUAACUUUGAAUACCGUGACCGUGCAAGACGAACAUUUAUGCAGAAAAAAUUAUGGCCGAAUUUCAGUGUUCAGUUUGUAUUUGUCCUAGGAAUCCCCAUGGAAAACGAAUCAAACUCCUUCAGAUUUGAUGGAAAUACAUAUGUCUUGGAUACGAAGUGGUGGAGAUUUUCUAAACAUUAUGGAAGUUCCAAGUGGCCGUUUGUAAAACAGUUGUCAUUGGAGGCUGAUUUAUAUGAUGAUUUGUUGAUUGGAUCAUUUCAUGAUACAUAUUACAACUUGACAAAGAAGAUGAUAUUUUGUUUAAGAUGGCUCUCAGCAUUUUGUCCAAAACAAGUCCCUUUAUAUUUGUUUAUAGAUGACGACUAUGAUUUAGUACCAAAGAAUGUAAUAACAUUUUAUGAUAGUAAUACUGAAGACUAUUUAAGAAAUAUGAAUGGAGGUUACAUCCGUUCAUCUCGAACCGUUUUCAGACCAAUGGUUGAUGAAACAAGUAGUGUCUGGGCAAUGACUGUAAAGGAAUUUCCAUGGAUAUCUUAUCCACCGUACUAUCAUGGAUUGACUUAUGUUAUUGGUGCAAGCUUGGUGCAUCGUCUUGCUAUCGCAAGUGCUUUUGUUAAAGAAAUACGCAUUGACGAUGCCUAUCUAGGGAUCUUAUUUAAUAAAUUAAAUAUAACACUUGUUCAUUUGAACAUCAUUGGUCCUUCUUUAACUAAAAAGGAUAUUAUGUCAGGUGGAAUAAAUGUACAUCAUAAAAUCAGUAAACGUAUAAUGAACUGGAGCAGCGCUAUUUUAAAUAAUAAUAAUAAUACAAUAUUAUUGGAUUUAAAAAUUCAUUAUAAUAUUCGUUAUGAUAAUCGUAUAAUUUAUCAUUUUAAUGAUGAUUAUUUAAUGAAAAAUGAAAGUUACAUUAACUAUCCUAUAUUGACAAGAAAUGAAAUUGGUGAACCGGUAACAUUUAUUUUAAUGGAACAUCAUCCUAAACAAUUUAAUGUUACAAAAGCAUUACAAGCGAUCUCAUCUGGUCUUUCAUUGAACGAGAUACCAUGCAACAACAAUGACUUAAUUGCUAUUCGCUUACCAAAACGCACCUGCGAUCCUUGUUCUAGGACUAAAAAUGUUGAUCUUGUGGUGAUUGUGAAGUCAUGCGUUUAUUGUUUUGAACAGCGAGCGUUUGCCCGAAAGACUUAUGUGAAUAAAGAUUUAUGGAAGAAUUUCAGAGUACAGUUCGUGUUUACAGUUUGA